UUCAACAAGAACAAAUAAAGCAUCAGUGCUCUUCUUUACGAUGGUUGGAAAAGGGAUUCCAGGUUGUGUGCAAUGUGGCACAAGGAGUAACCCAUGCCGGUGUAAAGUGGUGGGGCCUACACUCGGGUUCGUGGCGUUUGUGGCAGCGGCGGCGGUGGAGUGGCCGGUGGGGGCUUUGCUGUACUAUUGCUUUAAGCACAUGAAGGGUCGCAAAAUCAUGGCUCAUCCUGCCACUGUUAUAUACCCGAAAGUCAUCAAUGCCAUCCCCAUCUAACUUACUAGUUCUAUACUUCUAUUUCCCAGUUCUAUAUGUACCAUCAUCAUAUCUGUUUUAAUUGGAAAUGGAUAUUAGAUAUAUAAUAAUAAUGAUGAUAAUAAUAAACUAAUUACUCAAACUAAGUUUUUCUCCUUC